ACCGCCGCCCAGAUCCGCAUCGUCAUCUGGAGAAGAUAGAAUUAUUCAUCUGAGAAUGGAUGUUGCUCAAGUGUUGCACAUGAAUGGAGGCAUUGGAGAAACAAGCUAUGCAAACAAUUCUUUAUUACAGAGAAAGGCGGUUUCUUUGACAAAGCCCAUAAGAGAUGAAGCUAUUCAGUGCUUCUACAGAGAAACAUUCCCUCGAAGCCUAGCAAUUGCAGAAUUGGGUUGUUCUUCUGGACCAAACACUUUCUUUGUCACUUGCGAACUGAUUGAAACUGUGGAGAAGCUUUGCAGAGACCUAAACCACAGAUCUCCAGAAUAUACGAUCUUCUUGAAUGAUCUACCAAGCAAUGACUUUAACAACAUCUUCAAGUCUAUUGAAAGCUUCAAACAGAAGCUAAGAGGAGUGGCAGGUGGGUUUGGUCCAUGUUACAUCGCCGGAGUUCCUGGUUCUUUCUAUGGCAGGAUUUUUCCUACAAAUUCUUUACAUUUUGUUCAUUCCUCCUAUGGUCUUCAAUGGAUGUCUCAGGUUCCUGCGGGCGUAGAGAAUAAUAAGGGCAACAUUUAUAUGACAAGCACAAGCCCUUUAAAUGUGUGGAAUGCUUACUACCAUCAAUUUCAGAGAGAUUUCUCAAUGUUUCUCAAGUGUCGUGCUCAAGAAGUAGUUGAAGGGGGUUAUAUGGUACUUACCCUCUUGGGAAGAAGAAGCAAUAAUGACCCAUCGAUGAAUAAAUCUUGCCUCAUCUGGGACAUCGUGGCUGAAGCACUUAAUCACAUGGUCUUAGAGGGAAUAAUAAGGGAAGAUCAAAUGGAUUCAUUCAAUAUUCCUUUAUAUACUCCGUCCUCAUCUGAAUUGGAAUUAGAGGUUGUAAAAGAAGGGUCCUUCACUGCUAAUCACUUAGAGGUAUUCGAAACAAGUUGGGAGGAUGCUUAUGAUGAGAAACGUAAUGACAGUAAAGAAUACCAAAUUACACAAUUCAUGAGAGCUGUGGCUGAACCUUUGCUUGUGACCCACUUUGGCGAAGCUGUAAUGGACGAUGUUUUCCGACAUUGCCAAGACAUAUUAGCAGAUCGCAUGUCUAAGGGAAACCUUGUCCAUAUCAGUCUCUGCAUAUCUUUGACCAGAACAAGUUGAACAAGCAACAUAUAAACAUAUGUUUGUACAGUACGUUGACAGUGUUGUGAAUAUACCGUUUGUCGGCUUGAUAUUGUGUAUGCUUGGUUUUAAACAGUCCUUGUGUUUAACCAGCAUUGUAUAUAUCCUAGUAAUAUGCAAUGUCUAUGAUGUUGUAAGAUUUUUCUUGUGUGAUAAGAUUUUUCUCGUGUCGACUAAUGUAUCGUUCCAGAAAAAUAAGCCUGAUACUAGGUAUUUCAAAGCAAUGGAAUUCUACUUCUUUGUAA